CGCCGCCGCCCCGGGGGCGCCUCCCCCCGCGGGGCCGCCGCCCCGGGCCCCGCUGCUCCUCCUCCUUCUCCUCCUCCUCCUCCUCCUCCUCCUCCUCCGCGGGGGCCCGACCGGCGCUGCCAGCCCGGCUGCGGCGGAGGUAAUCCAUGCUGAAGAGGCUCCAUUCAUACAGAUGAACCAAGGGUUGAGGCAGCACUUUAAACCCAGAUAGUCGGUCGGCUCACUGCCCAGCAGGAUGCCAUCAACCAGCCGAGCGGGCAGCCUGAAGGACCCAGAAAUUGCAGAGCUCUUCUUCAAAGAGGAUCCAGAAAAGCUCUUCACAGAUCUCCGAGAGAUUGGCCAUGGAAGCUUCGGAGCAGUUUAUUUUGCACGUGAUGUGCGCACCAAUGAGGUGGUGGCCAUCAAGAAAAUGUCCUAUAGUGGGAAGCAGUCCAAUGAGAAAUGGCAGGAUAUUAUUAAGGAAGUCAAGUUCCUCCAAAGAAUAAAACACCCCAACAGUAUAGAAUACAAAGGCUGCUAUUUGCGGGAGCAUACAGCAUGGCUUGUUAUGGAAUAUUGUUUAGGAUCAGCAUCAGACUUACUAGAAGUUCAUAAAAAGCCGUUGCAAGAAGUGGAAAUAGCAGCAAUUACCCAUGGUGCUCUCCAGGGAUUAGCAUACUUGCAUUCUCACAAUAUGAUCCAUAGAGAUAUCAAGGCGGGAAACAUCCUGCUGACCGAGCCAGGACAGGUGAAGCUUGCUGACUUUGGGUCUGCUUCCAUAGCAUCUCCUGCCAACUCAUUUGUGGGGACGCCAUAUUGGAUGGCCCCAGAAGUGAUUUUAGCCAUGGAUGAAGGGCAGUACGAUGGCAAAGUAGAUGUUUGGUCUCUUGGAAUUACCUGUAUUGAGUUAGCGGAAAGGAAGCCUCCUUUGUUUAAUAUGAACGCAAUGAGUGCCUUAUAUCACAUAGCGCAGAAUGAAUCCCCUACACUACAGUCUAAUGAAUGGUCUGAUUAUUUUCGAAACUUCGUAGAUUCCUGCCUCCAGAAAAUUCCUCAAGACAGGCCUACAUCAGAGGAGCUUCUGAAGCACAUGUUUGUUCUUCGGGAGCGGCCCGAAACAGUGUUAAUAGACUUGAUUCAGAGAACAAAGGAUGCAGUGAGAGAACUGGACAACCUGCAGUAUCGUAAAAUGAAGAAGCUCCUCUUCCAGGAGGCGCACAAUGGCCCUGCAGUCGAAACACAGGAGGAGGAGGAGGAACAAGAUCACGGCGUCGGCAGGACAGGAACAGUGAAUAGUGUCGGAAGUAAUCAGUCCAUUCCUAGUAUGUCUAUCAGUGCCAGUAGCCAAAGCAGUAGUGUUAACAGUCUUCCAGAUGCCUCGGAUGAUAAGAGCGAGCUGGAUAUGAUGGAGGGGGACCACACAGUGAUGUCAAAUAGCUCUGUCAUUCAUUUAAAGCCGGAGGAAGAAAACUACAGAGAGGAAUCGGAUCCUCGAACGAGGACAUCGGAACCCCAGUCUCCUCCCCAAGUAUCUCGCCACAAGUCUCAUUAUCGCAACCGAGAGCACUUUGCUACUAUACGCACAGCGUCGCUGGUGACAAGGCAAAUGCAGGAACAUGAACAAGACUCUGAACUCCGAGAGCAGAUGUCAGGCUAUAAACGUAUGAGACGGCAACACCAGAAGCAACUGAUGGCAUUAGAGAACAAACUGAAGGCAGAGAUGGAUGAGCAUCGCCUCAGGUUGGACAAAGAUCUUGAAACGCAGCGUAACAAUUUUGCUGCAGAAAUGGAAAAGCUAAUUAAAAAGCACCAAGCAGCCAUGGAAAAAGAGGCUAAAGUGAUGGCCAAUGAAGAAAAGAAGUUUCAACAGCAUAUUCAGGCCCAACAGAAAAAAGAACUGAACAGUUUCCUGGAGUCCCAGAAGAGAGAAUAUAAACUCCGUAAAGAGCAGCUGAAAGAGGAGCUGAAUGAAAACCAGAGCACUCCAAAGAAGGAGAAGCAGGAGUGGCUCUCCAAGCAGAAGGAGAACAUCCAGCAUUUCCAGGCAGAGGAAGAAGCCAACUUGCUGAGGCGUCAGAGACAGUACUUGGAGCUGGAGUGUCGACGCUUUAAGAGACGGAUGCUCCUUGGCCGCCAUAAUCUGGAGCAGGACUUGGUCCGGGAGGAGUUAAACAAAAGGCAGACACAGAAGGACCUGGAGCACGCCAUGCUGCUGCGUCAGCACGAGUCCAUGCAGGAGCUGGAGUUCCGCCAUCUCAGUACCAUUCAGAAGAUGCGCUGUGAGCUGAUCCGACUCCAGCACCAGACUGAGCUCACCAACCAGCUGGAAUACAACAAGCGCCGGGAGCGGGAGCUGAGGCGUAAGCACGUCAUGGAGGUCCGGCAGCAGCCCAAGAGCCUGAAGUCAAAAGAACUACAGAUAAAGAAGCAGUUUCAGGAUACAUGCAAGAUCCAAACCAGACAGUACAAAGCACUGCGAAACCAUCUGCUGGAGACCACGCCAAAGAGUGAACAUAAAGCUGUCCUCAAACGGCUCAAGGAGGAGCAGACCCGGAAGCUGGCUAUCCUGGCUGAGCAGUAUGAUCACAGCAUUAAUGAAAUGCUCUCUACACAAGCUCUGCGUUUGGAUGAAGCGCAGGAAGCAGAGUGCCAGGUUUUGAAGAUGCAGCUGCAGCAAGAAUUGGAGCUGUUGAAUGCAUAUCAGAGUAAAAUCAAGAUGCAGGCAGAAGCCCAGCAUGAUCGGGAGCUACGUGAUCUUGAACAGAGGGUAUCCCUCCGUCGGGCCCUCCUUGAGCAGAAGAUUGAGGAGGAGAUGCUGGCGUUGCAGAACGAGCGUACCGAACGGAUACGAAGCCUGCUGGAGCGUCAAGCUCGCGAGAUCGAAGCCUUUGACUCAGAAAGCAUGAGGCUAGGUUUUAGUAAUAUGGUUCUUUCUAAUCUCUCCCCCGAGGCGUUCAGCCACAGCUACCCGGGAGCUUCUGGCUGGUCCCACAAUCCUACUGGGGGUGCAGGACCUCACUGGGGUCAUCCCAUGGGUGGCCCACCACAAGCUUGGGGCCAUCCAAUGCAAGGUGGACCCCAGCCAUGGGGUCAUCCCUCGGGGCCCAUGCAGGGGGUACCUCGAAGUAGUGCUAUAGGGGUCCGCAACAGCCCCCAGGCUCUGAGGCGGACAGCUUCUGGGGGACGGACGGAACAGGGCAUGAGCAGGAGCACAAGUGUUACUUCACAAAUAUCCAAUGGUUCACACAUGUCUUAUACAUAACUUAAACAAUAACUGAGGGUGGCAAUUCCACUGGAGCUGUCUGCCAACAGAAACUGCCUACAGACACCAGCCCAGCAGCCUCCUCAGUGCGGUGCUGACGUGUGGAAGCUGGGUGCACAUGGAAUAUUGUAUUCAUUUUGUAAAGCAUUACGUUUUGUGUUUACUAACUGGGAUGUCAUAGUAUUUGGCUGCAGGGUUCGGGGGGGGUGUUUUUUUGUUUUUGUUCUUUUGUUGUUGUUUUUUACUUUUUGGAGGGGUCUUGGGAGGGCGUCUGAGAAAUAUAUGCAAUUAGUCAGAAGAGUUGGCUGGUGGUCGUCACACUGAUAGGACAGAAGGGCUCGUCAGACUGCCCUCGUCACGCCAUCCCGUAGGAAGUCUGAGGGAGAACGGAGACCUCCUCCCAUGUCCAUAAAUUUCGAACUACCACCCUGCAAAAACCAGGCGAGCUGCCUUUAAACCAACAUCUGGGGAGGAACAGCUGGAUAUUCUGUUCCAUUUUUAUUUGUCAUUAAAUUGGAUAAAUUCCUAGGGUUUUGCCUCUGCCAAGAGGAAUUAUCAAAGACUUGUAGGUGAGGAAGAAGGGUGAGAAGAGAGGCCGAGAGACACCAGGGCUCUGCAGAGCCCUUCUACCCAAGUGCCCGCUCCGUGUCGUGUAAGAAUUGUGUCAUUCUCGCCGAAGGCACUGGUGAGCUUCUCGAGAAGUGUGUAGGUGAACCUGUCUGGAGGGAACAGGCUAGAAAUGUUCGAAAUUGUGUUCCUGCUUUGGCACUCCUGACUGUGCUGCUGGUAGCUCAGACGAGGUUGGGCAGAGGAGCGCAAGUAAUGCACUUGUACGGCUAAUACUGUGACAUCUCAUUUUAGCUAAGCAUCAGAGUAAUUCCUGGAGCCCAGCGUAGUCCUCUCUGCUCCGUUCAGAAAUGUUUAGACUUUCAGCCAUUCAGUCUCAAAUGCCAGAGGUAUUUUGAAGGAUGCCAUAGUCAACAAAAUGCCAUCGAUCGGGUUUUUCAUUAUUACGCUACAGCCACCAAUUUGUUACCUUCUUGGCUUGUUGCAGUUUCCUGUUUACAUGUAGAUCGUAGCCAACUGUUUAAAUGUUUAGUUGCCACAGCGUACCAGGAGGAGCUGAGCCAAUGCCUCUUUCCCAGCUGAUGACUAACCCACAUCACCACUGUAGAUCUUGCUGCAUGUGAGGCUCCUUUUUCUUAUUUUUGUUGCUGCAAUACUUCACAACCUUUACAGUCCCCUGCGUGCCAUGAGAUUCUGGCAGCAUAUCACACCAUGUGAGAAGGCACUACUUCCCGAGGCUCGUCGGAGCUGCUGUACUACUGAAAGGAAGCAAAGGAGGUCGUGAAAUCCACACGGUGAUAAAGGGGUCAGAGAGUCUAAUUACCCGAACGACUUUGUGGUGGCAUCAUGUCAUCCCUUAGUGCUGGGAACUGGAGAUGCCCCUGUGCUCUUGUGCCAGGGCAGUCGGGGUCAGCCAGCACCGUGGGGUGAGAGGAAGAGCAGGGAGAUGAAGUUUGGCUUGAGGCAAAGAUUUCCAUCUGGGGGACUGACCAGCCAGGUUUCUUUGUAAAUGUUUUUCCUUGCACACUAAUCAUCUUGAAGAAAAACACUAGCUGCUAACUCUAGGAUUUGCCUUUAAUAUGUUUUUAUAGGGCUCAAAAGCAAGGUUUGCCGAAUGUGUUUGUCCACGUGACAUAUUUAUAUAGUAAAUACUCUAGUGUCUCGCUGCUGUUCAGUACUCGCAACAGGGCGACGUUCUUUUGUUAGCUAAAUUAACAUCCACUCCCAAUCCUUAACUCUCUGCCAGUGUCUGGUGAAUCCAACUGGGAUUUCUAACAUCUUGACAAAGCAUAUCACUCUCGUGAAGAUGGAAACUCUGCCAAAAUACGUUUGAGCAGCCCCUUAAUAAGGAGCUUUGUUGUACUCACAGUUGAUGGAAGCCUGGGAUGAGGUGGUGAUCCUACAGAGGUGACUCUGGUUGCGAGUGGUGACCAUGAAUUGUCCUGUCCUUCCCUCUGCUAUGUUUUUAUGUGGAAUUGGAUGUUUUGGAGUCACUCUUUCGCAUUGCAGUCUUGUUGAAAUGCAGCAGAACUGAUUUAGGAAAGGUAGCUGUGUUUUCCUGGGUUUAGAAAGAGACAAAAAUGAAAUGAAAGGCCAAAACUGUGUAUGGGGUUUACUACGUGAGAGGGGAGGGCGUGCCCAGAGCAUGGUGCUAACACAGCGUUUUGAAGUUCACCUCCUCAGCAGCAGUGACAGGAGGGACAGGCUAUACCUGCAAGUUUAGUGGGUUCAUUCUUUUGCUUCUGUUAUGGUUUGAAUUUGGUCAAAGUCUCUGGCUUAAAUUGAGCUACUUCAACAGAAUUCUCUCAACCCAUCUCUUUGUGUAAUGUCAAGCAUGACUGAAUGCUGAGUCCAAAUGAUGGCUGUCCCAUAUUGGCUUUUUUUGUAUUCAAAAAGAACUGUGUAGUAACCAUUUUUACAUGUAUAUCAUGUGCAGACCUGGACUAUUCCAACAAGUUAAUAUUUUAAUUAAAAUAGUUUGCAAAAACUGAUUCAGAUCAACUGGUCUAAAUGUGUGUGUCCCUGUGUGUACGUGGCGGAAGGAGACCUGUCCCAAAGCAGCCUGAUCCCGAGAGAAAGGAGCCAGAGGGACUCGGGGUCAGGCUGUGACUUGGAGGUAUGCAAGGAAGCCCUUGGCGUUGAGAAUUUUAAUGUAUCUUGGGUCUGUUUGUGAGAUACAUGAACAGCUCUACGCUAGAGAGACGCAAACACUCUCUGAAUCAGUUUGCAAACUCUUGUUUUUAAAAGACCAAUUACUCCAUGUUGUCCUCGUUGCAGUCAUGCCCUAAGCUUAGUUUUAAAAAUACUGUAAUCUGUAAAUUGUGGAAACUACUCCAGUACCUCAGCAGAGAUGUUCUCUUGCAUCUUUUAUGUUCAUCUUUAACACUGGGGAAACUCUUCUGUAUGGACUACUGCCCAAACUUUAUGGUAGUGUUUUCAAAUUGCCAGCUUGGCCCCUGGAAUCUGUAAUUCUGUGGUGGUUUUUCUCUCCCCUUUGCGAAGACCUGAAGUUCUGAUGUAGUUUAGCCCAGAGAAAGCCGGCAUUUGCACCCUUCUGAUUUGAAUUCCUUUUGAUUUUAUUCAGUUAAAAUUAGUGAAAGGGACCACGUUGUUCUUGUUCCCCACGGUCCCAGGGAGUCGGCAGCUGCCUCUCCCUUCCAUGUUGAACAUUCUGUGCUUUCUUCCUCGGAUGCAGCGCUGAAAUGGAGGCCACAGCUCCAUUUCACCUGCAUUCGCUCCAAGCCUGUGAGCUUCAAAGGGGUUGAAGAAAUAAAUGUGGUACGAUACCAAGCUUCCCACAGAGAAUUCCCUGCAGCCGUUCCUUGCCUGGCUUGGGGCCAGGCUGACGUUGCUCUCUGUCCCACCCGGCCCUCCCGCUCCAGAAGGAUGUGUGUUGCACGCUAGGUGACCCCCACGGGGUGCACCCUGGUCCAUCCUGGGGUGAUGCUGUUUGUUAACCCCCCUCCCCAGGGAAAAGAGCCUCUUGCAGUUGAGGCCCCCCUGCCCCCAGACCCUGCUUACGUGCCAUUUCUUGAGAGGCAAUAAAUUGUAUUGUACCACUGUCGACCAUUACUCUGUUGAAUACGCACAUCUCUCUGGAUAUAUAUAUAUGGUAUCUCAUUUGUAUGUAUUUAUAUGCCCCGUACACACGUGUGUGUGGGUGUACGUGCACACACACCUCAUGCUGUGCAUUUCUGUCAGGGCACUUGAGUUCUGCUGUUCUUUAGCGCUCCUGUUCAUGAGCAAAAGCAAUCCCUGCAGCAGGGCUCUCGAGGGCGAGGGCACGGACGUCUGCACAAGCUGUGCUAGGGCUGAACGCGGUCAAAAGCCUUUGCUUAAAUACUGCCCUGCUAAUUGUAGCUUGCUUUUUCUGGGGCGCGGGAGGGUAGGCUGGCUGCUACGGGUGUAAGAGCUCCCAGAGGGUACCAGAACGUCAGAAGAUAGCAGAGAAGAAAACAAGAUGGUAUAGUGAUAGGGAAGCAGUUGAGGCAGUGUAGCGACGUGCUGAGGAGGCGGUGAGUGGGCCGGUGAAGUGCUCAGCAGGCUGAGCUCAGAGUCCCCAGCUGCACCUCGCCAUAAAAGAUCACAAGCCCGGCACGGUCUUGGCACACUGCGCUGGCAUUAACUUUUGGCAUUCCUGAGUUUGAGCCGCCGCUGACUCUGAACACUGUCUACCUUUGUGUGUUGUCUAAUGACAAGAACAGGUUGUGUGAAGGAUCCAAAGAGAAGCUAGAUUGGAAGAUUUAAAUGAUAUGUGUUUGUGUAUGUGUGUACAGCGCCUACAUACGUACAUAUAUGCACACAGAGAGACCCUUCUGGUCCAUUCUUUAUUCUGUUUCAGUGUGUGUGUGUUGUUACUCGAGUCCAGGAAGCAGAGGACAGCCUUGUUCUUCUCCUGGGUGCUCGCUCUGCGAUUCUAGUAAAUCUUGCCCUGGUCUUUCUCAUAGCAGAGGAGCAAGUGCCAUGCUGGACACCAUGAGCUCUUCAAGCUGUGGAGACCCUUCUAACCUUCUCCUUUGUCCUCUAUAGAACCCACCUUAGUGAGGUGUCUGGCAGUUUGGGGGAUAAAUGUGUCAAGUUAUGACUGUUCAUGCAGUUGUGAUAUUUACCCCUGGGGACACCCAGCCAGCUCAGUAGCGCCAGCCACGGAUUCUCUUUGUGCUGUCGGAGAAUGUGGAGGCAAUUUCCCCUGUCCGUUUUAGAAGGUCUUCGGCGAGCUUUUUAGGUGAGGCUCAGGUUUGGUUGGGACAUCCUUAGCAUUUCAUGAGGUGUUGUCUUUAGCUGUGCUCGUACCUGUGGGCCUCGCCCACUGCGGUGCCAACUGGCGGCAAGCAUGGAGCCCUGUGCCAAGGCUGAAGAAGUGGUGGAUGCCCAGACAGGGAUGUAGGUGUCCCUCUGCUGUGUUUUGUUUCGGUUUGCACUUUUACAAGUCGGUUGACCUGGAGUCUGUUGAGAAAUAUGAGGUGCUUUAGAGGGUUGUGGGGAGCUGUUUACAGCCAAAAAACAAAGCUGAUGAGUCUCGUGGUCAUAGUAAACAUCACCCCACGAGGGAAUAAUGGCAGCAGAUAACUCUGUUCCUGUUGCAUAAUGAUGUUCAGCCAGCUGGGGCCGUGACGCUGCCUGCUGCAGCCCUGCCCUGCCCCUCAGCCCAGGCUUUGCUGGGGAGGGAAAAGGCCUUUGUCAGCUGGAGAGUGACUUAGUAAAUCGGAUUUGCCAGCAAACGAGCACCUUAAACCGCCAAGCUGUGGGUCUCAAUACUUGCACUUCGCCUGAAGGCUUCUCUCGGGGGGGAGGAAGGCAGUUUGGGAUGUGACCAUUGGCUUUGCACCCAUCUGGCGUCCUCGAAACACCCUAAAGCCGUGUCCUAGGAAAAGAAACCCUAACAUUGAUUCCCUCUCUCCUUGCUUUCUCCGAGUGCACACACUGAGUCCAGGAACCAGGAGGGGCGAGCGUUGCCCCCACAGAUGUGAACAAACCCGGGGAGGGGAUCUUCCCCCACCCUCGCCCCUCUGGUCCCCUGCCCCGCUCCCCACCCCUGAGUACGGGUACCUCAGAACAUGCACAGUCUGAUUUUUCACUGACAAUUACUUUAAUUAUUGUGAGUGAGAAGAAUUGUAAUUAUCUGUAAAUAUGUAGGUAACAAAUUGACCUAGUUUCUGUAUUUUUUAAGUUUUUGUACUAAAAUUUAUAGGUACAGUACGUGCCAGCUAGCAAGAAGCUACUGUAAUUGCCAGUCGUAGUUCAGCAUGCAUCCAGUCCCCGAGACUUGUCCGAGUGAUGCUGUAAGGAAUUGUGCUUAAAUAUUGCGCGCUGGGGCGGCGCAGCCGAUGGGGCAGGAGGGCUGGGGAGGCCGGCAGCCGCUCACCGGGGGCUUCCAGCUGGGUUUUCCAUGAUCCCUGUGUGUAAUCUUCCCUUCAGUGUCGUGUGAUGGGCAGUGCGAGGGAUGGAGCAGUGGCUUUGAGCUUUCUCUGGGGCUGAACUCGACGGGAACCUCAUUCGGGUUCUUUGCUGCAGUUUAAUACCGGCUUACGACUACGUUUUUCAACCUCUCUAGAAAUUAUCUGUUUUUUUCCCCUUCUGCUUUUGUCUUAAACCUGACAUCAUCUAAACCUACUGGAGGAAAAAAAAAACAA